AUGCCGAGCGCGGGGAGCGAGGCGACAGAAGCGCAGAGUGGCGCUUCCACCGAGAAUCUGAGCCACUUGCCAUGGCAACAGAUACCCAAAUUUGCCCCAGGCACAACCAAUGUCGAUGAGUACGUCUCUCGCAUGAAAUUCCUGAAGGAACUGUGGCCAGAAGAACAGCUCCAUCUCUUGGGGCCAAGGGCAGCUUUGCAGGUGGAAGGGUCUGCUUUUCAGAAGAUCAGCAGACUGUCUCCGGAGAAGCUCAGGCAGCCAGAUGGAGUGAAGAUUCUGGUGGAGACCUUAGGUGGAUCCUGGGGUCGAACAGCCAUGAAAGAGAAGUAUCACUACUUCGAGCAAGCAAUCUUUCAGGUGAUGCAGCGAAAUGAUGAGACCAACGACUCCUAUGUGUCCCGGCAUGACGCCCACUUUGAGGAACUGCUGGCCUGCGGAGUUACCAUCGAGCAGGGGGACCUUAAGUACAACGAGACGGUGAAGGCCAUCCGCCUCCUGGGCUCCAAGUUCUUCGGGGAGUUGCAGGCAAAGAACAGCACAAGUCAAGGACGCAUGGCCGAGAGAAACCGAGUGUACGACGUGAACUUCACGGAAGAAGACGGCCAGGACGAGACCUACUACAGCGCCACGCAGGACGAAGAGCCAGACGACGAGGACCUUCUCUGCUACUUCUUGGAGCAGAACGACGCAGAUGCCGUGUACCUCACUGAGUUUGAGGAUUCGAUUGUCGACGCGAUCCAAGAGUCAGACCUUGCACCGGUGUACAUUUCGUAUCAAGAAGCAAGACAAAAGUUGCGUGACAAAGCGAAGGCCAGGGGAUUUUGGGGUCCUUCCAAAGGCCGGGGCAAGAGCAAGCACUCUGGAAAGAAGGGCAAAGGCGGAUCCACCUCGGCGAGCUCAUCGUGGGGCAUGGGCCGCAACAG